AUGGGCAUACAAGAUUUACAAAUAUUUUUAGAAAACGAGGGUGUAGGAGUUGAUUUGUUUCGAAUUGCCCGGACACAACCAGGAGGCUUUAGGCUUGUUCUUGACGCUGAAGGAUGCCUAGACAGACUUUACGGAGGAUAUUUUUCAGAUUGGGCAUGUGGUGGACAAUGGGCUCGUUGUGUCCAAUUCCUUACAACACUAGCACAAGCUUUAGCUGAACAUCAAGUAGCAUUGUGUGUUUGUUUCAACGGAGCUCAUCCCACUCCUCCGGCUUUGCCACAGCACUGGAUUCAAACACAAUCUACAUAUAGACAGCGAGUUAAUUCUGUAUUACGUCAUAUUGCUACAAAAGGUACUCCUCCUCCAAAAGUAUGGUGGGUUCCUCCAACGGGACUCCAUUCAUGCCUAAGAACAGCUUUGCGAUAUCUCAAUAUACCAAUUAUGGUAUCAACAGAUGAUCAUUGUCAAGAAGUUGUUGGUUUGUGUCGUGAAAAGACCUAUGCAGGUCUUGUAGGCUGCUCAGGAGAAUACUUAGUAUUCCAACCACCAAGAUAUUUCAGUUCAUCGCAACUGAAACUUACAUAUAGAUCCUCACUGGAAACCAAAGAGUACAUGGUACAUGAAUUACCUAAGCUUCUAGAUGUUCCUCAAGAUCGUCUAUGUUUAAUGGCUGCACUAUUAGGGGGUGUUAUUUUAUCCGAGCAGAGUCUCACUGAUUUUUAUAAACGUCUAGGGAUCGCACAGAAAAAGCAACAAAUUCCACCAGAAACUUUAAUCAAGACAGUCGGUCAAUUUGUACGUGACCUACCAUCGUCUGAUAUUGAUGCUGCAUGUAUUGAAAUUUUUGGUGACCUUAAUGAUCUCCGUGCUGCCAAAUUAAAACAAGCCGUACAAUAUUACCUUAAUGGCACCAAAGAUGGUUUCCUUAAAUAUAGGACUGCUUCUGGUCGUCGCCCAAAAAACAACAAAAAAAAUCAAAAAUCAGAUUUAAGCCCCUUGUCAACUUCUACGGAUAUGGACACUUCUAAACUAGCAACCGAAUCUUCAGAACAUGAGCAAAAAGGCUUGGAAGAUUACAAAUUGGCUACAGCAAACGCAUCGAUUAACGCGGACUUUAGUAUGGAGGAUCACUGUCACGAGCUAGUUCAGGGAGUAGCGGCCGCGUCCCUCGAGGGCGGAGAUACGACCAACGUGAUACACAAACAGGAAAAGACAGAGAAACACGCUAAAGAGGCGCCGUCAACAUCUAGCAGUAGGCACAGUGAUGACAACUGUCCUCCGGCGCCCGCUGAAGUACUGAGGACUUGCGCCGAGCGACACACGCGCGGCCUCAUGCAUCCUCAGAUGCUGUCAAUACUAACACACAGACAGAUCACUUUACCCGUAUUAAUGGAAGACGAUAACCACAGAGAAAUACCAUCAAUACAUCACUUCUUCAGACCCAUCAGACAGAAUGUUUACGCCAUUCUGUAUAAUAUGCACCAUCAUCGCUUUAUGGCUCAGAAGGCAAAAGACGAAGGUAUGGCGAGUACAUCGAGUGCCAAUGAUCGACCGUGUACAGUACAAGUGGCUGAAUGGAUUUAUUCACGUGUAAAUCCCGGAAAAAGUCCCGAAAUAGUUCACGGAGUAGUACUCGACUGGCCUGUACCUACCGUGCAGAGGCUUUGGUUCGGAACGGCUCAAGAUGACAAGUGUCGCCGAAUGCGGGCGUUCCUGUCUUGUAUGAGGUCGGAUACACCGCUCAUGCUAAAUACAUCAUAUGUGCCACAACAUUUACUUAUUUUGGCCGCAGUGUUAAGGUUCAUCAUGACAUCUCAAAUUCAAAUCCUACGUCGUCAAGAGCUGGAUGCGUUUCUGGCAACAGCUUUCUCUAAUGAUCUCAUGAAUGCUUUACAUCUUCAAGAAAUGACGGUGAACGGUAUGAGUUGUCGAGGUGUACAGCUGGCUGCUCUAGUGAUGGCUGGCGCGGAGGCUGCUCUGCUGGCCAACGACGCGUGCGGAGCGCCCGUGCCCUGGCUAGUGGCCGCGCCCUGGCUUUACUUCGACGGGAAACUACUGCAGAGGAACCUACAUAGGGCCGCUCACUGCAAACAUCUGGCUCAGCUGUGCGAUAACCAUCUAGAUACUGUUGUUAAGGUUGAGCGCAUGCGUAAAGCUAUUUUGGAAGGUUUGGAGGUUGAAUUCGCGAUGCCGCCGUUACCGCUGGUCGGCGUGGUGGGCGAGCCAUUAUCAUGGCGCGGGCGAGGCCGCGGCGCUAGACUGGAGAUAGCGGGCGUCGUGGUCGGACAGUGGGGUGGCGGGUCAUACCCCACACACCCACGGACAUCCAGAUACCCUCAGCAAGUAAGCUAUGUGGGCUACACUCCGCCCGCUCGUAAUUCGUACGGCGGCCGCGGGUGGCGCGGCGGGCGAGGCCGGGCGAGGGGCAGGGGACUCACACGAGGGACCGCGCGCGCCAGGAGGAGCCGCUCAGAACACGAACCGGCUAAACCUACCACGAUCACUAUUAACGGUAAAACCGUAAGGCCCGAUGAAAUGAGCCCUACAGCGGACAACGGUAGUCCCCACGAAGAUAACUCUCAAGCAGACGAUGACGGUGAAGGAACACAACCACAGAAAAGUAAGACUGGAAAAAAUAUUAAGAAGAAUAUAACUAGAGGGAAAAAAAAGAAUUACAAUCAGAAGAGUGACGUGGCUCAGACGUUAGACAACGGGCCCUUAGACACGAGCCAGGUGGAGGAAUUUAAUCAUAACUCUGAACAAGAACACUUUGGCCAAGGUGAUGCACCAGUUAGUAACUAA